CUUGGGGAACUGGAGGAUGAUGCUGGUGGUCUCAUCAGCACCAGUGUGGUACUUGUUGACGGCAGCGAUGACAUUGGGCGCUUCCUUCUCUGCUUCAGGCUGGGUGUGGUACAGAGACUGGAAGACCCAAGUCAAGGCGUAAAUGCCAAGAUCCAAGAGAGCACCGCCGGCCAAGUCGGCGUUGACCAUGCGGUUCUCAUCGGGGAAGUCAAUCUUGCCCUCGGGGGCAUCACGGCCGACAGAGAGGUCGGCUGCAUGGGAAGUCAGUACGGCAUUCUUCUAAAGAAUUGGUAGGACCAAACUAACCAAUAGUACGGUACACGUUGCCGAUGGCACCGGAUGUAAUCAACUCCCUGACCUUGAUGCUCAGGGGGAAGUAGCGAGUCCACACAGCCUCCAUGAAGAAGAGGUUCUUGGAGCGAGCAGUCUCGAUGAGCUUGCGGGUCUGAGCAGCAGUCACAGUCAAGGACUUCUCGCAGAGCACAUUCUUGCCGGCAUCGAGGGCAAGCAUGGCGUUUUGGAAGUGGUGGCUGUGUGGUGUAGCAACAUAGAUGAUAUCGACAUCGGGGUCAGCUACCAACUCAUGGUAAGAACCAUAGGCCUUUGCUGAGCUGGGAGCAUCCACCUUCUUGAUGAACUCGGCAGCUCUCUCCUUGGAGCUGGACGAGGACACGGCAACGACCUCAUGGCGCACAUCAUGGACAUCACGGGAAGCUGGGCUAGUGAGGAGAUCCUUGGUGAAGGCUAGAAGAGCGUUUAGUCAUGCCGUUUACCAAGGUUCAAAACUAAAAGGGGCAGGCAGGCACUCACUCUCAGCAAUCCAGCCGGUGGCCAGAAUACCCCACCUCACAGUAUACGGAGACGACAUGGUGUGCUGGUGAUGCCAAUGAAGCUUUGACAAGUGAAUACAGAUACAGACGACAAAGAGAAAAGAAACCACGCUGGCUUGAAGUCCUUUUGAAGCAAAGCCCGUAGCCGGCGUGUCCAACCUCGCGCCAUCUUCCCCUCCAUCCUCAUGGCGGGGCAGCGACGGCGCUGACGGGUAAAUCGCCGAAACACGCACCCAAAACUGCGGCACUUGUCCCGCACUGAGGAAGCUCUCCCAGGCGGGUAGGGAUCCACCACAGCUUCUUCAGCCAAUUGAAUUCCGCCCAUUCCCAUGCCCAGGAUGAUCCCAGCAGACAUGGCGGACAGAAAGCUCCCGGCUCCCGAUUGGCGAAGGUGCAUCAAAAAGCCUAGACGACGUCAUUCUUGACUUAUUCAACAGAACAUUUUUUUGCGGACGAUGGAGUUGAAGAAAUCGAUAUGGAAGGGAAGCUACAGGUCGAAAGCGUAUGGACACUGUCUUGUCAAAAAUUUAUCUCGAAAAGCUCGAUAUAAAGCUGUCAACAGCUUCCCCUCACCACUUAGCUUUGGCCAAUCAAUUGAGUUGUACCUUCCCGUCCUGAGAUUCAAAGACACACAGUGAAAAAGACAUGUUUUCGACAAAAUCAUCAUUUUCAAGCCUCAAAACACCAACCCUUCUGACACCCAACCGUUUCGUCCCGCCACUUCAUAGCUUUCCCAUUCACCGUCACCCAAGAACCCUGGCCACCAUGUCCACCUCAGAACCGCCCCCAUCCCUCCCCAAAAUGCCAUCCCUCAUCUACGGCACAGCCUGGAAAAAAGAUCGCACCGCCGACCUCGUCUAUGAAGCAAUCAAAGCCGGCUUCCGGGGAAUCGAUACAGCGGCCAUGAAACGGCAUUACGACGAGGCCCUCGUUGGCGAGGGUAUUCGAAGGGCGAUAUCUGAAGGCAUCGUCAGCAGGAAUGAUCUCUGGAUACAAACCAAAUACACUCCCUCCCCCUCCACCCACUACACCUCCACCAACCUGCUCACAACCUCCCUCACAACCUCGAUAGCCUCCUCCCUAUCCAACCUCUCCACCCCGGAUCACCAACCCCCCUACCUCGACGCCUUAAUCCUCCACUCCCCUUUUGAAACCCUCCCCGAAAACAUCACCGCCUGGACCCAUCUCACUUCUUACCUCCCCAAUAAAAUCCGCCACCUAGGCUACUCCAACGUCCCCCCGGAUUUCCUCGAUGUCUUUGUCGAGUUUCUCGACCUGAACCCUUCUCUCCCAAGAGUAAGUCUGAUACAAAACAGGUUUACAGCGGGCAUGUACAACUGGGAUAUUGAAACGAGGAGAUGGUGCAAAGGGAAUGGGGCGGUGUAUCAAGGAUUUUGGGUUUUGACUGGUAAUGUGGAUGUUUGGAGGCAUGCCAAGGUGGUGAGGGAGGUGAAGGAGGGAUUGGGACUGGGAAGUUUGGAGGAGGCUUGGUUGGCGGUUGUGAUGGUGGGGAUGGGGGUGAGGGUUUUGGAUGGGACGACCAAGGGGGAGCAUAUGAGGGGGGAUCUUGGGGUGGGGGAGAGGGUGAGGGAGUGGAUGGGGGAGAGGGAAGAGAAUGAGAGGAAAUGGGAGAGGUGGGUGGGGGAGGUGAGAGGGUUGGUUGGGGGGUAA